AUGAACUAUCUCUCUGUGUUUGUGUUGGUUAUCCUCCUUUUCAUCAAGGAUUACGCCAACAUUGAGGAGAAGACAGCGCCGGCAACGGGCAAGAGCCCGUUUGCAGUGGCACCUCCAUCAGCGUGGGUGGAUUCAUCUCGAGAGCAGACAGAUUGCGAGCAUUCAUCGACAAUUGAGCCAACAUCAUUCCAAGGACCCAGCCUUUUUACGCAAGAUUGCGAGAACAAUGGCUAUGACAUCAAGGGAACCCUGGAGAUGCGUUUGGUGCAAAAGAUUGAACAAGCAUUCAACUGCACAGUGAAAAGAACAAAAGCGUCCAAACAGAAGAAGAACAAGCAGCAGGACAAUUAUGGUGCACCUGCACUGGACCCGCCGUGGCAAGCGACAGCGAGUUCCAUGCAGCAUCACGCAGAAGCAGCGACUUCCAGUGCAGGAGGAGCCGAAGCCUCACUCCUGACGGAGUUGGUGCAAGUCUUGGAAUCUUCGGACAAACCUCUAUCGGACGAGAUUCAGACGGUCAUCGAGAAGGCAAAGAGACCCAUCGAACCUCCACCCGCGACAGCGAAAACAGUGCGACAGACCUUCGACAAGCUGGAGAAGAAGAGGAAGUCACUUCAGCAAGCACAGAAUGCGAGGGCAAAGUUGCACAAAUCAUGGACGCAGUAUGUGGAGGAGUCCAUCAAAAGAUGGCAGACCUUUGCGACCGAUUUUGCCAAAAAGGAUGCAGCGCUCGAGCAGAAAGUCACAGAGGCACAAGAAGCACUCUUAGAGGCAAAGAAGAAGUACGACACAGCGAAGGAAGACAACGAUCGUCAAGAUCAAACUGGAGACAAGGUGGAAGAAAUCUCAGACAUGGAGGACGAAGGCAUGGACAAGGUGAUGGAGAAGAUGGCAACAUCAGAAGAGAUACAAGCAAACAUCAGCAUGAUGGUAGAGAACUUGGAGACUCUCAGAAUGAAGCCAAACAUCGACCAGUCCGAGCACGUCCACAAAAAGCAACGCACCCAAGAAGGAGGAGAAGCAAGCACUCCUGGAUUUGGGGAGCCCAACUUUAUCAAUGAAUGGAAGGCCAGUAUACAGGCCCUCGACCUUGCCUUUGACAUCACAGAUGAACCAGUAUUUUCACUGAGUGAACUGAGGGGAGGAAAAUCAUCAGGCAGACGCGGCAGACAACGAGCGCAUGUGAAGUUCAAUGCCAUUGCAGAGCUCUAUGUGGGAGAAGAGCAUGCACUUUCUCUUCAGAGAUGGCGUUUUCCAUGUGGGCUCCCUGUCAGUGACACAAAACUGAUUUGUCCUCUUGAUUAUCCUCUCACAGACGAAUCAUCUUUCAUGUCCAUGGGCAACACAGACAGAAGGAAUCAGUUUGGCUAUGAACCACCAACACAUCAAAUUGGUUUGCUUGAGCGUGAGGAGGUAGCGAUUGACCCUGCCGACCUUCCAGCUCCAGACCAUGAAAUGACAACAGUCGAAGUUGAAGUGGAAGAAGCAGCAGAAAAUUCUGACUAUGAGGGUUCAGUCAGUGAGGGAACAUAUCGAGACCGUGAAGGUGAUUGGUUUGCUUCUCUUAUUUUUGCGCUUGAUUUUCCACCAGUUCCACUUCGAAUCGACUGGAACAAUCAAGAAGACAUGCACAGACAAGCAGCACACGCCUUGGAAGUGAGUCCUCAUGAACUCUACUACCUUCAUCAUGUCAGAUGCACACCACAAGAUCUGGAAGAUGCAGGAGUUGUAGCGUUGAUUGGACAUAAGCAUGGUGAUCUGAUGCAAGGGUCGACACUUCAACUGGUGUUACUUGAUGUUGAAUUUCAUGCAGCAGUACCAACCAUACAGCCGGAAGUUGUACGUAGAGUCGUGCGCUUGCCAAGACAGAUUGGGAGACUUGCACUACUACAUCGACUGGGACUGGCAGCUUAUUGCCGUACCACACGGCAAUCCUGCAUCAUCUGGAGUGAUGGAGUUAUCAUUUCACAUCACAGUGUUCGACCCAUUGAUGUUGAGCAUGGCAUGUACAUGAGAAUCGCAGUUCCACCCAAUGACAGUGAAGCACGGCACAUUGGCACCAGAUGUAUUGCUACGGCAUGUCAUCAGGGGGUCACCAUGACCGAGCUCUGUGAUCGUCAUGCCUUGUUUACAAUGGGAUGGUACGACACAAUCAUUGAUCCUCCUCUUGUGCCACUUCGACCAGAUGACGAUGAGUUCAUGCUCCUGCAGAUGACAACCAAGAUGCCUCCUCUACCUGCAAGACCAUGGUUUCUAAGCAAGACCAGUGAAUGCCAAAUUGAUGGUCUGAUACCUGCAGAUCAUGCGGAAGAGGACAUUGGCGAAAUCACCAGAGACUAUGCCAGUGCUUCGGAUCGGCCAGUACCAGGUGGAAUCUUGCCACAGCCUGGACUAGAUGAACAACCGGAACACAUCCAUCAUUUGGUAGAGCAACUGGAAGAACAUGGCGGCAUCGAGAUGGAAGAAGAAGGUCCAGUCCUCUAUGUCACCACAUGGUUACUCAAUCAUCCAAUGCAGAGCCAAUGCAGAGCAUCAAGAACAGUGCGUUUAACGCAGAAUUUUGCUCUAUGGCAUCAACAAUUCUUGCGGGCUUGGACAGACUUAUUGGAAGAAGGAGUUUUUGUCAACUUCUACAUUGUUUUUCCACAGCCGCCUGCCACAAGAAUGCAACCAGAACAUUUGCCACACAUCAUUUUGCUGCAAAGAUCGCCGGAAGGUGCGCGUGCUGCGGUUCUCACUGUUCUGGACACCCGCAAUCCGGAACAAGGGCUACAACACUCAGCACACUUCCUGCACACGAUCACCAGCAAGGCUGAAUUGAUAGAUGUGGUUGACAAGAAUGAAGUUUGCUAUCCGGCAAUUUCAGAGCUGCAAUGUAUGGCAUGGCACGGAGAGCAAGAAUUGCGAGAAGAACAUCGACUCGCCACACAUCAUGGCAUAUCCUUCCUCCUCAUCCUGCAAGACGUCACAUACAUGACCACUACAGCGUGGGACACGGCAGAGGAGGAGGCACUGAAUUUGAUGCAGCAGAGGCACAGCACAUGGACCAGCGAUCGCACUGGCAGAGCGCCUACUGGCUUGGACCCAAGUGCGCCAGUAUUUCGACCAGGGAGACCCAUCAUCCAGAUGCAAAGUGAAUUUGUACAAGAUGUCUUCGAUGCAUGGGCAGAAAAAAUCGAUCAAUGUCAAGAAGAAGAGCGAUCUAUCCAGUUUGAAGUGUGGUUCGUCGAUCACGAUCGAGAACGACUACAAUGCAUUGAACCUAGGAAGGUCCGACUCUUUGAGGAUUACACGACUUGGGAACAAUUGAUCAAAAAUUCCUGGCGUGAACUUUUAGUUCCACAUGAAGAACAUGAACUCUUCCUGAUCCAGCCGGCUCCGCCCGACCUUGCCAAUGACGUUGCUGGCCAUAUUCUGAUUGUGCAGAAUCCACAUGAAACUCUAGUCACCAAUUUGAUGACUGUGUAUCUACAUGAUGGACCGACCUCACUGCGCGGACCUCAACAACAGGUUGCAGGUACCACACAUGAACAUAUCUACAUGGACCACAUUGUGACAGGCUUGGGAUUGGCAGACAGAUGCCUACACCCCACAGCAUCGCAUCAUUGUGAAGUCUGGUAUGAAAACAAUCAAUUACGACCAGGUCAACCCUGGAUGGGUAGGAGCGGUAUGGGAAUCCUUGUCCACUUGAGACCAAACCUACCACAAGGGCCAGUCUUGCUGCAGUUAGACAUGAUCGUCACCAGAUCACGUGAGCGCCAAACACAUGGGCAGGUGGCUCACACCCAUGGGCCACGUGAACAGCUUUCGAUCACAGAAGAAAUGCCAGACAGCAGCGAUGAGGCCCCUCGGGCUACAACACUCAUCGCAGGAGAUAUUCAGGAACCCUUCCCCACCUGCAUUGAGCUGGAAGGAAAAAUCAACAGUGACAGCGUGCAAGAAGAGCUGAAACGAUGGGGCCACCAUGUCAUUGCGUUUGAUUGCCACCCACACAACAAGUUUUUCUGCAUCAAGUCAGGGGCAGAUCCAGAGGCAGCAACAUACCAUUAUUUAUUCUGUCACAGUGAUGUGGCAGAUGAUGAAGGAUGUUUUGCGCAUAGCACUGGCUGCCCGAUGAAUGAAAUACAGUUGAUGAAGUUUCUUUGCCAACUUGGCUACACAAGAGCUGUCAUUCUACAUCAGGAGACAAUCUAUGCCAAUUGGGUCAGAGUCAAGUUUCUUCAUCAGGAACCGCUACCGGAGCUUCAGCAAAAGUCUCCUAGGCAGCGGACUCCAUGGCCUGUGAAACCAACUGCAGAUGGGCCAACACGUAGAAAAUUGUUUGAAUUGAACACCACAAAAGCAAUGUCCACGACAUGUCAGCUACGGACGGACUUCAGUGCAGAAGACUUGGAGAGCUUCUUUCAGUCUGCCAAGGAUGUUCUGUGCCGUGACUUCAGCUUGGAUGAUUUGCCGGAUUUUGUGAAGGAGGCGAUCCACCCAGCUGUUGAUGAUAUAGUUGACAUUGACGCCUUUGAUCGAUUGCUUAUUUAUACAGAUGGAUCGUCCAGACCAGAAGGCCGCAGAUUACCGCCAGAACGUGCGGAUGAACUGGGGUGGGCAGACACCUGGGCAUUCUUGGUCAUAGGCGAGAGAUUUCAACCCGAUGACCAACCAUCUGAAUUCCAUGCAUUGGGAUGGCUUGCACACCCUGUUAGGUACAAUCCGACAGGACAGGCGUUCAAUGGUGCGAGCCGUAUAGGAGCUGAUCAAGCAGAACGAGCUGCAGUCACGUUUGCUGGAUUGUGGCGUUUGGCCCAAAAUACAAAUGUGCGAACGGUCAUUUGUACCGAUUCAGCCACGACAGGUGGCCAAGCGUUUGGAACCCUGUGUACGGCAGAUCCUGAUGAAUCUUUCCGUUUGAUGAGAGGGGUGUACCAAGCGUUGCAAUGUGCUCUCCCAGCUGACCUUUUGACUUUACACCACACAAAAUCUCAUGCGGGCGAUCCAUUCAACGAAUUUGUUGACAUCGUGGCCAAGGCUGAAAGUACCAGAUCUUUCAAUCACAAGAGGCAACAACUUGAUUUAAGCAUCUGGCGCCGACACAUGUCACACUUCUGGAUGCUCUUCGCGGACAAAUUCGGAGUUCCAAAAUGGCAUGAUGGGCAAUUUGAUGUUCCACCUCCGGAGCUACCUGCGAUUGAUAGAACACCAACACAGACAAACAAAGGGCUCACCAGAAAGCACAGAAACAUCAGAGUGCAAUGUGGAUUGUGCUUAGCCACUGCAAACGUGCAGUCGCUCUCCAAAGGUCCAGAUGGACACGGAGGAAAGCUCCAUUACUUGCAGCAGCAAAUGAAGGAUUUCAAUAUCAACUGCAUGGGCAUCCAGGAGGCCCGCACAGAUGCGGGAAUGAGAACAGCCAACAAUAUUCUUGUUUUUGCGUCAGGCGGACAAGGUGGACAGCUUGGUGUUGAAACCUGGAUCAAUUUGGAUCAGCCGAUUGGAUGGCAAUACAAGAAAGGUCAUUGCCAAUUACAUCACUUCCACAGAAGCGAUUUUUGUGUGGUGCAUAGUGAUCCAAGGAGACUCCUCAUCCGAUGUGACAAUGUGACCAGCAGCUUCUGGAUUUUCAACACGCAUGCACCACAUAGUGGCAGAUCUUUGCAGGAAAGACAAGAAUGGUGGGAUCUUUCAGUUCAAAUCCUGCAACAACAUUGUGAUCAAGAUCCGUUGUACUGGCUUAUGGAUGCGAAUGCACCACCGGGUCAGGCAGAUGACACGAUUGUUUUUGCACAAGGAUACGCCACCACAGCCACAACUGCGUUUUUGCGGGCAGCACUUCAAGCGCAGCAACUCUGUCUGCCGGCUACCGCAGACUGCCAUGUUGGAUCGAGAUCAACUUGGACAGCUAUUGAUGGGAAGACUGAACAUUGCAUUGAUCACAUUGCUAUCCCGAUGGAAUGGAAAAGCAAAUGUACAUGGUCACAAGUCCUACAUGAAUUUGACUUGGCGCAAGCCCAUGAUGAUCAUGCAGUUGUUGUGCUACAACUUCAGUGGGAGACGGUCGUCCAACUUCCCAUCAAGCAGCACCAGACACAGACUUCCCGAAGUGGUGAGCUCUGCAACUUUGAUGAUAAGGCUUUUCGCACACAGCUCAGCAGGUAUGAACCUGCUGAUUGGCAGACAGACGUUGAAGCACAUGCAGACGGUCUGAUCAACCAUAUCCAACAGGCCAUGACAGCUCACAUACCUCGAAGACAGAAUGAUGCCAAGAAGAUCUAUGUCACAGAUGAUGUCUGGCAACUACGACUGCAAAAGCUGCAAUGCAGACAAAAGUGCAAAGCUGUACGCAGACAAAUUGGACGUGAAAGCCUGCGUCAAUGUUUCCGUGCAUGGAAAGAUCCACAGACACAAGAGGCGAACCUUGUGGCGGAGAAUUACAACUACGGCACCACUUUGCGCUGCCAUCAGAUCAAGUGGUAUUGUGAGUUUGUGACACUGAGAAAACAGAUGAGAAAGGCACUGCAGUCUUCCAAGCAUGAAUAUUUGAAGAGGAACUUGAUGAAGACUGAUGAAAAGACAGCUGCCACUGAUUUGCUCCGGAUGCUGAAACCCUUUUGGACCCACAAACUUGAAACAACAGAAGAAGAAACCGCGAAGGGCCCAGAUGACAUUCCAGGAGAGAUCUGCCAUUUUCAUGCAGACAUUUUGGCAGUUCAGAUGUGCACGCAAAUGAUGAAACUGGCCUUGCACGGCCAAGAGCCUUUGCUGUACAAAGGGGGCCGUUUAAUCCCCGCUUACAAAGGAAAAGGAGACCCUUGCCAAGUGGCCUCUUUCCGUUCACUCCUGGUAUCGUCGUACCUGGGCAAAUCGAUUCAUCGCAGUCUCCGCCAACAUCAAGCACAGGCGUACGAACACUUCCUACAGGCUCAACAACUCGGAGGUCGUCGAAAGGUCCCGGUGCAAAUGGCUCUGCAUCAAGCGAGGGCAUUUCUUCGAAGAGCACGAGAAAGGCGCAUAUCAGUAGGACUUCUGUUCCUCGACCUGACAGAAGCUUUCUACAGAAUCCUGAGGGAACUCACAAUGGGUGGGCAACCAACGGAUGAGCUAUUAGCUUUUGUGCUUCAUCGCCUUCAGCUUCCACCUGACGCGAUACAUCAACUGCAUGGGUUGCUGGAUGAAAGAACGGCUUUGCAGCAAGCCGGAUUGAGCUUCACAGCACGCAAUUGCAUCCGUGCAAUUCACCAGAACACGCAUUUCUGGUUACAAGGCCAAGCCGACUUGGUGGCAACAUAUCUCGGCACUAGGCCGGGAGAUUCUUUUGCAGAUUUGAUCUUCGGCUUCACAUGGAGUGUCGUUCUUCGAAAACUGCAGGGGUACAUGGAGGAGCAUGGAAUGGCGGUUCAGCUACCAGCUCGUCAGGACCCACCCUUUUUUGCAGAUACAGGAGCACAACAAGACCACGGAGAAGCGAAGACAUAUCUCGGCCCCACUUGGAUGGACGACCUUUGUCUAUGCCUGCAAGGUGAAUCCCCAUCACAGCUGGAACGAAACCUGGGACCAGCGAUUGGGUAUUUACUGGACUUGUGCUAUAGCCACCUCAUGACGCCAAAUCUCAGCAAAGGCAAAACGGAGCUCCUUUUGAGUUUCAGAGGUGUGGGUAGCCGCAAGCAUACCAUCCAACACUAUGGCCCCAACGCGAGUGGGUACUAUGAUGUCCUUUGUGAACAUCAAGCGCAACGCAUCACCGUUGUCAAAGCAUAUCGACACUUAGGUGGUCAGUUGCAUCACACCAGUGACCAAAAUGGAGAAGUCAGGAUCAAAAUUGCCACAGCCCAUCAAGCUUUUAACCAACACAGAAGGUUGCUCUACCACAAUGAUCAGGUGGAGCUUGCGAAAAAGGUGGAGAUAUUCAACACCCUGGUGGUUACAAAGAUGUUGUAUGGUGCGGACUCCUGGAUUGCACAGGACUCACGCACGAUGCGCAAGUUCGAGACGGCGGUGAUCAAGCUGUACAAGCGUCUCUUGCGAUGGAGACAUGAUGGACACCACACGUCACAGCAAGUCCUUGCAGCAGUACAACAACAUGCCCCAGUGAUCCUCCUGCGAAGAGCUCGACUCCGAUACCUUGUUACUCUAUUUCAAUGUGGUGUACCCGACAUCUGGCACCUGCUGGGUGAGGAUACGCAAUGGGUCAGACUCAUUGAAGAUGACAUGAAUUGGAUGUGGCAGCAGCUCAGACAUGCGUCAAGUUUGCGCGACCCUCGAGAUCAUCCUCAACAAUGGUUUGAACUCAUUGCGCAUCAUCCCCGAUACUGGAAGAGACUUCUGAGUCGAGCGUGCCACCAUGACAUGUUGCAGAGACGCAAGGUGUACCAUGUGACAGCACUACAUGAGAGAGUUUUUCAACGCUUUCGUGAGGUGCAGAUUGAGCAGAGACAGGAUCCCACUGAUAUCUCCAUCAGACGACCACAUGCAGAUCCAGAAGACGUCGUCUAUGGUUGCAUGGGUUGUCGUUUGAAAUGCAAGAACAAGGCAGGGGAAGGAGCGCACAUGUACAAGAAGCACAACCAGGUUUCUGUACUGAGAUGCUACAUUGACCAAACACAGUGUAGAGCCUGCCUACGUGAAUUUCAUACCUUCACCAAAAUGAAAGCGCAUCUUUAUCAUUCAGAGGCGUGCAGGGCGACUCUCCUUGCGGGCCCCAAAUGUGAUGAACUUGCACCUGGAGCAGGAUCCAGAGCAGACGGAUUGUUGGAGCAGCAGCAUGACAGAUGCCUGCCACCACUUCAAGCAGCUGGACCCAUGAAUCAACCCCAACGUGCAAGGGCAUUCAAUGACAUCAAUGAGUCCCUGCAUAUCUACAUGGUGGAUCUUCUGGUGGAGUAUGGAGCCUCAGAUCAGACCAUCAUGGAUUUCGACAGGGCAAUGAAGAUUUGGAUUCUGGACCACGCGAUCUCGUGGACCCGGACGCAAAACACUUUGCGCUUCUUCAGGGAUAAUCUCACUAAGGAAGAUGCGGGCGCGCUCACCUUUGACAUUGCGGAGGUUACGGAGGAGUUGAACUAUCUCAUGGACCACCGAACAUGGGAUUUCCUGAAGGAAGCGGCAAAAGAUCGAGAAGAAAGCCAUGACAUUGCUUGGUGCCAUCACGAAUGCCAAGCUUGGCAAGAAUGGUGGCUCCAGCUUUCGCAGAUGCACAUUCCGAGAGUUUUUGGUCGCCAGCGCAUUAUCCUGCAUGCUUUUGCAGGUAGACGCAGACUGGGAGACAUACAAUACUACUUGGAAAAGGACCUACCACAAGAAGCACCGUACAGCCUGGUUGUUGUAUCCCUCGAUAUUGUCAUUGACAGACAAUGGGGAGACGCAACCAGAGAAGACACACGCAAGCUGUGGCUCGCUGCCAUUCGCGAUUGCUUUGUGGUAGGCUUCAUUGCCGGUCCACCAUGCGAAACCUGGUCUCGAGUGCGAGGCGUCAAUUCGCCUCCUGCAGAGGAUGCGAUCAACCCUGCGGCGCUUGAGCAGCCUUCGCCUGGACAUGGACUUCCUCGCAUUCUUCGCACGCACCAAGACCUGUGGGGCCUUGACUCAUUGGCUAUCCGUGAACUUUUGCAGAUCUUAACAGGCAAUGACUUGUUAAGUUUUGCGCUUGAAGCCAUCAUUGAAAUUGCCCUAGCAGGAUCCGUAGGAGUUUUGGAACACCCAGCUGAACCCACUGACCUCCCAGAGGCCGCGGCCAUUUGGAGGCUGCCUUUGAUGAAUGUUAUUUGUCAAUUGCCAGGUGUUGAAAGGGUUCGUUUUGCCCAGGGAUUGCUAGGUGCCAAAACUGUUAAAGCCACUGAGCUUUUGUGCGUGAAUUUGCCAUCCAUCAUUGCCUCGCUGCAUGCCAAUAGGGUUCAACAUGAACUGCCAAAGGGUCAAUCAGUAGGCAAAGAUGAGAAGGGCAACUGGAAGACGUCUUCUUUGAAAGAAUACGCUCCAGCUAUGUGCAAGGGGAUUUCGGAAGCAAUCCGACUAGUUUUUGACUCAACGGAGGUCGCUAGCGGAAUUGCUGAUGCGCCAGAACACCUUGUUGCCAUUUGUCAUGCCAUGCAGACGUAUGAUUUUGGUUUGACUUUUGGCCCGGACUAUGCCAGGCUCUUCAACGCGUACAUCAGCGUCAGGGCCGUGGCAAAGCCUCGGAAAACGAGGCUAACUCAGCUGCUCGGCUGGUGA